AUGAAGUUAUUGCUGUUAGCUAUUCUAGUGGUUGCCGUUCUAGACUUGGCCAAUACACAGGCGUGUAUUAAGCCUGAAGCGGGCUGUCCCAAUGAAAACAUCACGUUUUGGCUAUACAAUCUCAAAAACAUCAAGCAACCCGUUUUAUUGAAUCCGCUCCAUUUAAAUCCUUCAGACUUUUUGACUGGGUAUCCUAUUGAAAUUAUUAUUCACGGCUAUACCGGGCAUAGGGACUUUGCACCCAACAACUGGAUUCGACCAGUGCUGGUGCUCAAGAAGUCAGCCAACGUCAUAUCUAUAGACUAUGGUCCGCUAGUACGUGAGGGCUGUUACUUCCAAGCUGUUCGGAAUUCGCGUUUGGCUAGCGAGUGCUUGGCCCAGCUAAUAAACAAACUGUUUGAGAUGGAUUGGAUGAGACCAGAUAAACUGCAUGUUAUUGGCUACAGCCUGGGCGCCCAAGUAGCUGGUCAACUGUCCAACUAUGUGGAGCAGAAGCUUGACCACAUAACAGGCUUGGAUCCAGCUAAGCCGCUCUUUGUUAAUGCACCCAAUGCUUUAAAGUUGGACAAGAGUGAUGCAGAAUUCGUGGAUAUUAUACACACGGAUCCAUUUGAGCGCGGCAUGUUGCUGCCACUGGGUCAUGCGGACUUUUAUCCCAAUGGUGGUGGCUCUUACCAGCCUGGCUGUCAAAAUGAAAUAAUGAGAAGUACCUGCAAUCAUGAUCGUGCGCCACAGUUUUAUGCCGAAUCUAUUGACUCGACGGUUGGUUUCUGGGGCUUGAAAUGUGAAAAUAUGAUUAAUAGAUGA